GGGUCCCUGGCCGUGCCCUGCUCCCAGCACGACUCCCAGGCUCAGACCCACAGGCCUGAGCUCUCCUUCCCUGUGCCUUAAUAUUUGUUCUUAUUUUUAGUUGAUGUUAUCCUAAAUCUCAUUCUUGCCUCCAGAAAAAUGAGCAUAACUUGCAACUCCGUCCUGCUCCAGCCGUGCCGGAAGUAUUUGGGAAAGUGACUCUUAGUUGGUCACUGAUUGCUCAUAGAGCAUUGAAAAUUUUAUUUUCUCUUGGCGCUUUUGCCUUGGUGUGCUGUAACCCUGAACUGGAGUUUGAGGGCUGCUUCAUUCUGUACAGACGCUGUUCGAGUGUUGGUAUGGACAUUUGGGAAUUCUGGGGGACAGAGGAAAAGUGACAUUGGGCUGGUCGAGCUGCAGGAACAGAGGAAUCUGUAGGAAUGUUUCCCUUUGUAAUUAAUCUUUCCCGCUGCUUCGUUUUGAAAAUUCACAUGGGGUGAGAGUUUGUGUUGCUGCUGAAUUGCUGUAACAGCAAAUGUUUGUACUUUUAUAUGCAAAAUCAGGGUGAGAGCUGGGAUUCAAAGGCCAGUGUGUUACCAGCAGGUGGCAUAAAAAAGAUUUUGUGUUGGGUUUUUUUUUAGUUAGGAAAUUUCAGUUGGGUUUCUGGAGCCACUUUCACUUUUGAGGCUCGUUACACUGCGAUGCUCCACAGCAAACAUUCUUUUUUGGGCUGUGAGGUGUCUUAUUUUAAAAAGUGUCAUCCCAGACACUUUUUUCUUUCUGCUGUUUGGCCUGGCCACUGGUGUGUGACUGCUGUAUUCGUGGUGCAGCUAGGGCAAUCUGAAGGUUUAUAAAGAAAUUGGAAGUUUUCAUGAGCUCUGCUCAUACCACAACCCUGACCAGGUAUUCCACAGGGGACAGAAUAAGAAUUAUUUUAAUUUAUCAUAGAAUCCCAGACUUGGAAGGGACCUCAAAGCCCAUCUCAGUGCAUGAGCAGGGACACCUCCCACUGUCCAGGCAGCUCCAAGCCCUGUCCAGCCUGGCCUUGGAUGCAACGAGGAAGAGCUCCCUUUGUCACCCAGAGCAAGCCAACCUCUUCAAUCAUUAACAAGAUCUCUGUCUGCAGCCAUGAUGCCCGUGGCCACCGUGCUGCCCGACGACACGCCCAUGUUUGACCCCAGGCUCCUGCAGGAGCUCGACUGGAGUGAGAACACCACGGCCUUUUCUCCUGCUAUUUCUCCACUGGAUCCAGGGGAUGGGCUGGUCCUGAGACCGCUCUGCACAGCUGAUUUGAAUCGAGGCUUUUUUAAGGUCCUGGGUCAGCUGACGGAAGCAGGAGCUGUGAGCCCGGAGCAGUUCAUCAAAACCUUUGAGCACAUGAAGAGGUCUGGAGAUUACUACGUCACCGUGGUGGAGGACACCAACCUGGGGCAGAUCGUUGCCACGGCAACGCUGGUUAUAGAACAUAAAUUCACUCACUCCUGUGCCAAGAGAGGCAGGAUAGAAGAUGUGGUGGUCAGCGGGGAGUGCAGAGGGAAGCAGCUUGGAAAACUAUUAACGUCCACCCUCACCUUGCUAAGUAAGAGACUGAACUGUUACAAAAUCACGCUGGAGUGUCUGCCCAAAAAUGUGGAUUUCUACAAGAAGUUUGGCUAUUUGGUAUCUGAUGAAAACUACAUGUUUCAACGGUUCUUUAAUUAACAGCUUCUAGGUGUUCUGGGUUCUUUUUUUUCUUGGAAAGACUGUUGGUGGAGGAGCUUGUGCUACAAACAUUCUCUCCGUGGAAAAUUUCUAUAGUUUAUUGCUGCAGAUAUAACAAUCCCUAUGAAUAAUGAACAUCAAAUGUGUAAAUCUUGGGGGGAAAAAAUUACUGAGGUUUUAGAAAGAGUCCUCUGGGUUAGAAAAUAAGUUUAGAACUAAUUUUUACUACUGUUGAGUCGAGGUGAAGCUUUUCUGUUCCAGCUGAGUUACACAGGACUCGUUAAAGGGAUGGUUUUUAACCAAAGGUAUAUAUUUUUAUCUCAAAUUUUUUCUCGCAUUGUAUUUUUCUAAAGGUUUGUGCUUCUUUUCUCAGCAGCCAAAGGACAGCCCUGGGACUGUCCUGGCUGUGCUGGUGGAAGGAUGACGUAGCUGGGGAAGGGAUGAGGCUUCUCUUAUGCAGAAUCAGUGACACACAGCAGGCCUUAGUUCUGGUUUGUUCCAUGACACCUCAUGGAAGUGCUGGGGGUGCAUCUGGAGUUUUCCAGGCACUGUUUUCCAAGACUGGAUUUGUUACUCUUGGUGCAGGAUGGGGAGAAUCCUUCCAGGCUGUGCUGAAAAUGGAUGUGUGCUUCUCACUGCAGGCCUCCUGCACUUUAGCUGAUAACUUGGUUUUCAGGAUAAUUACUUUUUUUUUUCUGACAUAAAAACCCCAAAUGUGGUUUGCAACAGGGAAACUGGAAUGUCUGAAGGAAUGUAUCCCAUAGGGAGUGGGGUUCUGGCUGGUAAGCACUGGGAAGGGGACUGGCAUGGCAGAUUCAGCUUCCCCUGAGGGAGCUGGGGCUGUCCAGCCCAGAAAAGCCCUAGAGACUUCCAGAGCCUGAACAGGAGGGAGAGGGACUUUUGUAUGGGCAGGACACAGGGAUUGGCUUCCCACUGCCAGAGGGCAGAUUGGAUACUGGAAAGGAAUUCCUGGCUGGGAGGGAGGGCAGGCCCUGGUAUAGAAUUCCCAGAGCAGCUGUGGCUGCCCCUGGAUCCCUGGAAGUGUUCAAGGUCAGGUUGGACAGGGCUUGGAGCAGCCUGGGACAGUGGAAGAUGUCCCUGUUGGAAUGAGAUGAGUUUAAGGUCCUUUCCAACCCAAACCACUCUGGGAUUUACUGAACACCCCUGGCCCAGCCACUGGAGCUCCAGGAGGGAUUUGCACCUGUGGCACAGCAAACCAGGAGGAAAACCCCCCUUUUCCCAAGGGAGUGCUGCUCCUGCUGCUGUGGAGCCUCCCUGCUUGGAUCAGUGAUUUCAGCACUUUUGCCAGGGGUGGAAAGCAAAGAACAUCCCAAGGCCUGUUGGCAGCAGUGGUGUUUUGUGUGUUGUGUGGGGAGUGACACAUCCCAGAGCCAUGAAUAGGGCAUUGUAGCCAGCCAGGGUUGUUUGUGGGCAGCCAGGCCUUCCACACUGUCCUGCUUUGUGCUCUGGAGAGCGACUCUGCAGUGCUGGGGGCUCUGCUUGAUCUUCCUGAGGGUUCUCCACUCCAUCCAGUGUCUCCUUGGUGAUGUCUGCGUUAUUUAUUGAUUAUUUUUUUAAAGAAUAUCUUUGUUUAAGCUGAAUAAAUGAUUGCCACCUGUACCUGGA